AUGAAAAGAAGAUUGGGCAAACUAGAGGACCGUUUGAAUCGCGAAGUCAGUGCCGCCAAAAAAUCCGAGGACCGGGUCUUAAGACUCGAAGAUCUAAGUCGCACAACGACACAUGCUGUCAACUUGGCAACGGAAAACCACAUAUCACUCUCUGAUCAGACGUCUAAAGAUAGGUUAAGUUACAGAGAUCGUUUCUCGACUUUGGAAGUUGAGAUGGACAAGAACAAGACAAGACACAAGGAAACUAGCCACGCCAUCGACAAUAUACGAUCCUCGCUUGAUAGUCACAUCGUCAAGAGCAACAAAACGCACCAAGAACAGGCUCAGGAUAUCGAUCUCUGCAAAUCAAGAGUUGAAGAAAUGCAGCAGAACCUCAAUGUCGAGAUCGACUCUAAACUCAAACACAACUCAGAAAUUCUGGCUACCACAUGCAAAGAUGUGAAAGAGCUGAAAGAGCGUUCAGCCCUCCUGUCCAAUCCGCCAGUCCUUUGUCCUCCUACAACUCCCAAAUCGAUUCCAACUCCUAACACUGUAGAAGUCGAAUCCAGACUCAAAGAAGCCGAAUCCAGACUCAAAGAAGCCGAAUCCAGACUCAAAGAAGCCGAAUCCAGACUCAAAGAAGUCGAGAAAAAAGUGCGAGGAUUAGACGAAGAAGCUGAGGUGAAGAACGUCACCUUUGCUGAGGACAUCGAUAAGCUACGAUCAGGACUUGACCAUCUUCAAGUCGAACUGAACAAGAUGCAAAACAACAGCGGAGGCAAGAUCGCUACAAAACAAGGCCUGACUGAAGACGAGCGUAAAAACUUCACUGCAUGGAAGGAUCUGAAAUCAAGGAUUGAUAGCCUUGCAUCGAGUGUACACGACCUAAGUGCAAAUACUCCACGGAUCGAGGAUCUAACCAUGAGCACUAAGCGCGAGUUAGAAACCUCGAUCAACGAGGUCAAGCAAGUGACCUCGACCUCGCAGGGAGUUCUAGAAGUUCUUAGGCCACAAGUCGAGUAUGUUAGCAGGACCGUUGAGAACCACAUCGAUGUCCUUACAAGGCAUGAGGUUCGAUUGAAUUCCGUUACUACAGAUGAAGUCUGCCGCAUAAUGGAGAAUCAAUGGCGGUCGGCUUACGGCGUGCCCUCGGACCUGAGAGGGUUAUCACAGCGGCAGGCUCAGCUUGAACUUUCGACCAGGGGAAGAUUUGAUGAACUGAACAUGAAGUACGAAGGAAUGGCGGCCGAUUUCAGAAACCGUAAGUCGUAUCCCUUCUAG